AUGGCUGACAGAUUUCCUUCCCUCGAGGACUUUGACUCUGGUGCUCAAACAACACAAGGCGACUCUACUUUCGAAGGAGGCGCUGAUGAUUUCUUGAGUCGUGAGAAGGCUCUUUUGGGCGACGAUGCGGAUCAGUUUACUACUGGCAAUGACAAUGCUGCAUAUGUAGAAGAUGGUGAUGAUGAUUUAUUGGGUGGUGGUGGAGGAGAGGAGGUUCAUGAAUUUGAGAGUUCCUUCCCUUCCAUUGAUACUCGCAACGAGAAUGUUUCAGCAACCGGACAAAUCACCAGCACAUACACCAAUUACCAGCCCCAAGUUACCGACGAAGAAGAGCCAGAAGUGAUCAAGCAAUGGCGCGAACGUCGCGACCUCCAACUUCAAGCCCGCGAAGAGAGAUCAGAGGAAAAAAAGCAGGAAACUAUUAAGACUGCCCAACAAAACAUUGACGAUUUCUAUGAGAACUACAAUACCAAGAAAGAGAAGACUAUUGCGCAAACCCGCCGCGAAGCCGAGGAGUUUUUGGCAAGCAGGGAAGAUACAUCGUCUGGUGGAACCAGUUGGGAACGUAUUGCAAAAUUAGUUGAUUUGAGUGGAAAGGGUGCUAGAGGUGGUGCAAAUGGGACGGGCAAGGAGAAGUUCCGAGAGCUUUUGUUGAGUUUGAAGAAAGACGAGAAAGCACCCGGCGCUACUGGUUAUUAA